AUGCGUCAUUGCCAAAUUCUUGCCAAUGCCGAUGUGGCUGUCCCCUCACGACUUAGCGAUAUGCCUCGUUGCUUCCGGCCCGAAGAUGACUCCAUUAAUGGAGACCCACAUGCUUUAUCUACAUUCUACAUAGGCAAGUCCGCUAGAUGUCUUCCAUUCUUUGGGCAAAAAGGUAUGAAUCCAUGGGCUGUUAGGUAUGCGAUUCCUCUUGCAACCCAUGCUUCACGGGUAUACACCCAUGCCAAGGAUUGGGAACGGUUUCUUUGGGCUCGAGAUGUUUUGACCUGUAUGGAGCAUUUGGGCGACGACUAUGCUGCUCGAUUUCGUGAGAUAUGGAGUGACUACUGGUUUGAUGUUAACAAAACUGAUCCCGUUAGAGUUUUGGAUUUUAGUCAGCUUGCCAAGGGCCUACAAACGCAAGGCCUUAUCGGUCAAGGAUAUAGAAUUUGA